AUGUUAAGCAUAUUUUCGAAUACUCUUUCAUUAACUCCAUCUUCUUCACCACGGUCUUCCACAACAACAAACUUUAUGCGGUGGUUAUGGCGGUCAAAAGCUUCCCGGCUUUUUAUACUAGUGUAUUUGACGUUCUCGGUGGUGUUUUCAUUUACACAACUUCUUCGAUAUUCGAGUCAACAGUUGGUAUUAAUGUCGAAACCACAAAAGAGGUGGCCUGCUAUACUUAGCAGAACGUAUGAUACGAAGGGAAUGUCACCACUUCACGAAAUAGAAAAUAAGGUUAGAUUUAAUAAAAUGCAUUCAAAAAUGCCACGGUCUUAUACAGAUAGUGUGACGCCGUAUUAUUUACGUGCAUAUAAUACACCAGAGGCUGAUGACGUCUCUGCUAUGGCAUUUGUUACUGAAAAUCGGCUCGAAGAUUUAUUGAGACUAGCGGAGAUGUGGCAGGGUCCAAUCUCCGCAACUUUUCAUUUACCAGCAAAAUCAAUUAACGAAACGGAUCCAGCUGUUCGUAAAACCCUACUAAAUUUAAAAAACACAUUUACAAAGAACUCUAUUCUUCGACGAAACGUCGACGUACAUCUGGUAGCUGGUUUAAUUAGCACAAAAAAUCCCGAGAUUUUACCAAGACCCACAAACUUUCAUUCGAAUGUCGCUCGAUUUUUUGCGCGUUCCGAUUUCGUCAUGUACCUUGAUCACGACACGUGGCCUUCGUCAAAUACACGCACGAUAAUAAGGAAUUACAAACAUUUACUGGAACAGAAUGAUGUCAUCAUUUUGCCCACUUUUAUAUUUACCGAGAACGCGACCACCUAUGAGUUUCCUGAUAAGCAUGCGGAAUUGCUCAGCUUUGUGAAAGGAGGGUUGAUGGGAUUGCAAGAUGAUGGCUGGGAAUUAGGAUCAGGGCCGACUUCUUUUGAAAGUUGGGCGAAUGGCGAAUUGUAUAGUAUUGAAGAAUAUGAGUUACAUUAUCGACCAAAUUUUGUUUCUAAAAAAGGAGGUAGCAUGCCUUGGUGCACUGAAAGAUUUGAUGACAAUAAAGCAGCAUGUUUAUACCAAUUGUACAUAACCGGUUCUGAAUUAUGGGUGAUUCCCGAUGCAUUUUUAAUACGGCAUCACUUAAAUCCCAAUUCACAUCUUCUAAAACCUAACGAGUCGAAAUGGGCGAAAGGACUCAAUAGUCGCAUGUACACCAAAUAUCAUCGCGAAGCGUGUAUACAUUACACGCGACAAAUGGUGAUGGCAGGGGAAUGGGGCACGAAAAAAGCACAGCAUUUGAAACAUGAGUGUAAUAGAGUUUUGAUUAAUUGGGGUAAAGGGUUAAUUGAGGGGAUAUAA